UACAUUGUCGAUAGCACCUAAUGAUCAAAAGUAGACCACCAGUAGCGCAGAUGUCUUCAGUGGUUGCUCCUGCUAAAGAAUCCAAUGCAACUGGACCUAAGGAUGUGGAGCUUAUACUUGUAAAGGAGCAAAAUGGAGUCCAGUUUACUAACUCAACAUUAGUGAAUCCAUCACAGACUAAUGUUGACAUUGAAGAGAGAGAGACUUGGAGUAAGAAGAUUGAUUUUCUCCUCUCUGUUAUUGGAUUUGCAGUGGACUUAGCCAAUGUUUGGAGGUUUCCAUACCUUUGUUACAAAAAUGGAGGCGGUGCUUUUCUGGUACCUUAUUUGUUUUUCAUGAUUAUUGCUGGCAUGCCUCUUUUCUACAUGGAGCUUGCUCUAGGACAAUUUAACCGAGAGGGAGCUGCAGGAGUCUGGAAGAUUUGUCCUAUAUUAAAAGGAGUUGGUUUUACAGUCAUUCUCAUAUCAUUGUAUGUGGGAUUUUUUUACAAUGUUAUCAUUGCAUGGGCCAUACAUUACCUGUUCUCCUCAUUCACAUCAGAUCUGCCAUGGAUUCACUGUAACAAUUCAUGGAAUAGUAUUAACUGUUCUGAAAUAAGAUACAACUAUUACAAUGACUCCGGAUUUUCCUAUAUCAAUGAUUCUUACAGAGUCACACCUGCUGCAGAAUACUUUGAACGUGGUGUUUUGCAUCUUCAUGAAAGCAAAGGAAUUCAAGAUUUAGGCCUUCCACGCUGGGAACUUACAUCCUGUCUUAUUGUUGUAAUUGUAUUCCUUUACUUCAGCUUAUGGAAGGGGGUAAAGACUUCUGGCAAGGUAGUUUGGAUUACAGCCACAAUGCCUUAUGUUGUCUUGACAGCACUGUUAGUACGUGGUAUUACUCUCCCAGGAGCUAUUGAUGGAAUAAAAGCAUAUUUAAGUGUUGAUUUUCUCAAACUCUGUGAGGCUUCGGUUUGGAUUGAUGCUGCCACUCAAAUCUGUUUCUCACUCGGCGUUGGGUUUGGUGUGCUAAUCGCUUUUUCCAGCUACAAUAAGUUUACAAACAACUGCUAUAGAGAUGCAAUUAUUACCACCUCAGUAAAUUCUCUGACAAGCUUUUUUUCUGGAUUUGUCAUCUUCUCUUUCCUUGGCUAUAUGUCACAAAAGCACAACGUGGCUAUUGGUGAUGUAGCUAAGGAUGCUGGGCCUGGACUAAUAUUUAUCAUAUAUCCGGAAGCUAUUGCUACACUUCCGCUUUCUUCAGUGUGGGCUGUCAUAUUUUUUAUUAUGCUUCUUACUCUUGGAAUUGACAGUGCUAUGGGAGGAAUGGAAUCAGUGAUCACAGGUCUUAUUGAUGAAUUCAAGUUCUUACAUAAACAUCGAGAGCUCUUUACACUUUUCAUUGUGCUUUGCACAUUCUUCGUAUCCCUAUCUUGUGUUACCAAUGGUGGAAUCUAUGUUUUCACUUUACUUGACCAUUUUGCUGCAGGUACAUCGAUUUUAUUUGGAGUUCUCAUUGAAGCAAUUGGAAUUGCAUGGUUUUAUGGUGUUGAUCGGUUCAGUGAUGACAUUGAGCAAAUGAUUGGAAAACGACCAGGAUUGUACUGGAGACUCUGCUGGAAGUUUGUCAGUCCUUGCUUUCUCCUGUUUGUGGUUGUUGUAAGCAUUGUAACAUACAGUUCUCCAAAAUAUGGAAAUUACACAUUCCCAGAAUGGGCAAACGUGAUUGGCUGGUUAGUUGCCAUAUCAUCCAUGGCUAUGGUGCCCAUUUAUGCCAUAUAUAAAUUUUGUACAAUUCCUGGAUCCUUUCGUCAGAAAAUUGCAUAUGCAAUAACACCUGAAAAAGAAUAUGACCUGAUAGAAAGUGGAGAAGUGCGUCAAUUUACUCUUCAUCAUUGGCUAAGUGUAUAAGAAACAAAAUAAAAGAUGUCUAAUAGGUUAAAAGAAGUUUCACAAGGGAAGUGAAAAAGAAGAGAAAACCAUUAUUAUACAAUAUGUGAAGAGUGGCAUCAUUUUACCUGACAGAAACUGUGUUCCUCUUCAGAACGUUUCCACAGUGUAUGUGGGAAAGCAUAUCAGUGUUAUUACUGUCUUGUUUUGGUAAUGUCCUGUUUUGGUAAUCAGAACAUUUGGUCUUUUUUGUACAACAUCUCAAAACCCCAAAAGAAUAUGUAUCACACUACAUUUAGUGAUAACCAUAAGAUAUACAUACAUCAACUUCAUCUUAGCUAGGAUUUAUUUGUAAUUAUAUUUUCUCUGCUUUUUUCCACAGUAAUCACUGAAAUAAAUACAGUACAUGUAGUUUUAGUAAACUUAAGAACCUAAAUCAAAUUGUUUCCUCUCAAAUCAAAUCAGUUACUUACAUUUCUACUGAGAAUAUUAGUAUACGUGUUAUACAGAAACAAUUGACAUUGAAGCUUACAGUUUUAUUGUAUAUGUUAUAUGUUAAAUGUUCUAAUGAUUAUUACAGACUGUUUUAUAGAUAUAAAAGUAUAACAGAUAUAUAAAUAUUGCUAAGUAUCAAUUUGCCUAGGAAAGAUACAGUAUUUGUGUUUUCUAUUUCUUACAUGUGGAGCCAAGACAACUGAGUGCCUCCUAAUGUUCUCUGUAUUAGAGUAUACAGCUGAGUGUCCUCCACUGGUGACUGUAGUGUUUUUCAUUUAUUUUUUUAUUUCUCAUAAAGAUAUCAUCCCUUUGGUUCUGUGGCACAUUGUUGACUCCACCAACAAUAUUUUUGUAUAAAAUAUAGUCUUUCUGAUAAUGUAAGUAUCUGUCAGCAAUGGCUUUGCUGUUAUUUAAUAAUUGCAUUUUUAUUGCCAUGAUAGAUAUACUGUAGUACAGUUAAGAAAAAUGGUUAAUGAUCAGAUAGCCCUUAAUUCAACAAGAGAAUACACAAUGAUUUUGAGAAUGAAGAAAUAUGUGAAUGUCUCAUGAAAAAAAACUUCUUUUUUUUUUUUUAAGCAACUGUGGCAAUAUCUGCUUUAUGGUAUUCUCUCUAUAAUAACUUCUUCUACCUGCAAGGUACACUGUGGCUGACAGCCAACCAUGUAACAACCAUGCAAACAGUGGUGAUGAUAAUAAUAAUAAUAAUAAUAAUAAUAAUAGGGCACAGAUUAUGAGGCUAUUGGCAGCUAGGAGGAAGCAGAACAAAAAAGGCAAAUAAUUCAGGUCAUCAAAUCCAGGUGCACACAGAACAACAUUUUAGGUAAAUGCAGUGUCAAUAUAGAGUCAUUAGGUCAGGACUGGUGUUAAACAAUCAAAAUCAAGCCAAACGGUGUGAUGUGCUCAUACAUAUUGCCCAAGUUGUGGCAAAGAGCCCAUCUCGGCAUGCCAGGGCCGAAUUCAGAUCUGAUCGCUGUUGUGCGAAUUUGCAAGGCCGCCAAUUGUCUAUCGUAGUGUGCAUGCGCGGGGCCAAACUGCAAAAGAAUCCAGUGCUAGGUGUACGCAAGUUGAUUGACCGGAAGCUGGCAUUUGGGGUUGGUAACUGGCCAUUUUCUGUGAGAGUCAGGAAAAACGCAGGCAUUCCCAAACGUUUUCAGGGAGGGUGUGUGACGUCAGCUCCCGCCCCGAACAGCCUGUUUCUAUUGCACUGUAGGAGUAGGUCCUGGGCUACGCACAGACUGGAAAAAACAUUCGGUGGUGAGUGAGUUGCAAACAGAUUUGCAGCUGACCCCCAAUUGCAAAGCUUUUUGCUCGGGUCUGAAUUAGGCCCUUAGCGGUCUAUUUACUACGCCUUGAACAGAAAUAAAGUGGACGGAGAUAAAGUACCAGCCAAUCAGCUCCUAAGUACCAUGUCACAGGCAGGGUUUGAAAUGACAGCUAGGAGCUGGUUUGUUGGUACUUUAGCUCUGUCCAAUUUAUCUCUGUCUAAAGCUUAGUAAAUAGACCCCAUAGUCUCAUGCACAAAAUGUGCCUCUUUGCAUAAAUGAAACUGGGAGUGACAAAACUACAUUCCUAGAUUUCACUAAUCAAUUUGGUGUACAACAUUUGUACAUCUGUGUGCCAGUGGCAUAUCUAUAAUGGGUGCAGUGUGUGCUGUGCACACGGGCCCCUGAGUCCAGAGGGGGACCACACCGCACACACUGCACCCAUUUUUGUUAUACUUAACUUUCUGGUGUCCGUUGGUUUUCGUGUGUGCCCUCCCCCCCCCCACCCCCCCCCGGCCCACCCCCCCUCCUGUAGCCGGCAACACUGUUAGUGCUCUGAGCACUAGAGACUCUGGCACUGUGACAGAGUCUACAGUGCAUGCGCAGGUCUCCGGAAAAAUGGCCCCUGCACCAUUUUCCCAUUUUUUUUCUUUUUUAUAUCUAUGCGGGGGGCGCAUUUUUUUUUAUGUCAAUGGGGGGUGGGACAUUUUUAAAUCUCGCACUGGGAGCCGAAUUGGCUAGAAACAGCCCUGCAUAGGUGCCUUCUCUGAUUACAUAUAUCCUUGAUUAUGUUAGAGUUAGAUAAAAUCUACAUGUAAUAAAUUGACAAGAAAAAACAUAGCAUAAUACUGUGGAUAUUGAAUAACAAUCAAUAUAUCCAGAGUGAGCACUCAACGAAUGGUAUUGAUCACUCAUCCUCCAAAUAAAUGGUGAUCAGUUCACACCUUAGGUUAAUGGCACUGCACAUACAGCUGCCCUAAACAACAACAGGUCAUUUUUCCUUUUCCACUAGUACCAAUAGGUGGAAUGGUCACUUCCGCUCAUCAGAGUGCUAUGGGAAACAAAAAAAGACAGGUGAUAGUGCAAAACCUUCUGCAACUCCAAAAUGUAAUGAUGUAAAAUAAACUCACAAAGGUUUAAAAAAAAAUCACAAGCAUAAGAAAACACAUGAUAGGUCCACUGGAAUAACUUACUUCUUAUGAUGAUAAAUCGCUUACCUGAUGGCCAGAUUACAAUGGCAAAAAAUAAAGUUAGCAAAGUCCUGGGAACCAGUUGGUCACAGCAGGGCCAUCUUAACCUCAUUGUAGUCCCUGGUCAAAGCAAUGUACUGGGGCCCCUAUCCACCCAUUCACAGGAGUAAAUAAAUAAAAAAAAUCAUAACUUACCUCUCCUUUUUCCAUAGAGUGAAAUGCUAUCAACACUCUGAUUCAGUGACGUGCAGUGAGGUGAAUGGCUGAGGAGGCACACAUGGGGAUGGGUUUUUAAUGCUGGGAGCCUGUAUCAACCCCUACUCACUGUAACUCUCCUUUCACUACACUAAGCUACAGUGUCCAUUGAGUCUCCUACCUGCAUCCCUGUGUCUUCUCUUGCUGCUGCUGACUGAGCUCCGAUUAUAGUGCACUUCCUGGUCACAUGACACAUCCAAGUGUCCAUCAGUGCACAAGGCCCGCACCCACACUCAGAGGCAUGCCUCUAUUAGCUUCCUUUCUGUGCAGCUUUACUGCCCAUGGUAUGGCCCCGCCCCAAGCUCUGCAAAGCAGCAUAUGACUGUAGAACCUAGGCAGAGCUGUUACUGCCUCAUCUCUCAUCUCCCUGCAGCUUCAGGGAUCACCACAAAGCUGGUGAGUGAUAGCUAUAAAAAGAAUUACAAUAAACAAAGUGGAUGUUUAUGUUAUAAAUAUUUUCUUUGUAUUAUUCUUAUUGUUUUUAUAUGAAAUCUCAGGCGUUUAACAGGGAGUAUGACAGGGGAAGCUCUUCUUAUCCUGACUGCAAGUCUCUUCUCUGAGUUCCAUCCAUCCAUUAGACACUGUGCUAGAGUGAUAAAAGUUACCAUUAGAAAAGGCUCUUGCACCAUAUAUAUCUGAACACCUGUAAUGUGUAUUACAUAAAAGGUUUAUGAUUACAUUAUUUUAUUAAAGAUAAUAAAAGUGUAUAAAGCUGAAUUUAAGCAAGUAAAACAUACUACACAAUGCAACAGUGAUAUGAUAUGAUAUGAUAUGAUAUAAAGGGCAGAAUUAAAUUGUUCUGCCCACUGGAAGCCAGCAGUAUAUGGCGCCCAACAAAUCUAUUCAAUUUUUGCUCCGUUCGGGCGUGAAGGGCUGCCGUAGUCUGCAUUUCAGCCUGCACCCCCCAGGGGUGGCUAGCUCAAAUGCGUGAAAAGUGCCGUUUGGGCGUACAAAUGUUAAUUUUCUCAAUCAUGGCUAGCACUUUGGUUGGAUUUAGCCGCUUUAUGCUGCUAAACCCGACCUUUAUGGGCGCUAUCAGCGUGAAAAAAAAAAUUCAGUUGCAAAACAAUUGAAUAUCGCCCAAAAUGUCUAAGAGCUGCUGAUACGUAACGCUGUUUUACACAGUAGAGUCUGGAAAAACAAACAUUCAUAUUAAACUGUUGCAUAACUGACUGUUAAUUGUGAAUAAAUAUAUAACAUAUUUUUAUGUUUUGUCUUGUUCUUUAUCCAUUUGUGAACAUAUAUAACGUUAUAUAAUUAAUGACAACUUUUGUUUAUAUUUGAUAUAGUGCUGUAUGUAUUGUUAACAUGUAUGCUUUAUUUUAAUAUGCAGCAAAGCUCAGUUCCUAAGAAAGGAAAAUGUUAAUCAACUAUGAUAGAACUGCUGUAGCUUUGUAAAACUGCAGAAUGUUGAUGAAAUGUUAUGUGUUAGACUGGGUAGAUGUGGUUAAAAUUGGAAACCUAACUCUUAGGAUCCACUGGCAACUCACAAAUAAUAUAUUAAAUGUAUGAAAAAAAGGUUCAUUUGCAAUUAGUUUAGAUAUAUUUGGGGUAUAUUAUUGGAUCUGUUUGACUUACGCACAGUGGUGCUGAGAGAAGAGGGGAGCAGGUACUACUGGAGGGGCCUGGGAUGGGCUCGGCGGGGGCACAGGUCCACUGUCCCCUCCUCCCGAGUAUACCAUAAGGACGGCGCCAUCUUUCCAGAAAUAUCUUUGUGAAGAUUGUGCCCGCACAUUGAAAGCAAAGACUGGCACUGUGCCAGAGUCUUUGCUCUUUAGUGCACAUGUGCCAUCUUCCCAAAUAUCACUGGGAAGAUGUGGCUUAGCAGGAGAGACCCACUUCCCACAAGUAAUGAUUAGAAUGGUGCUCCCUGUAGCUGCACUACAAUUAUUAUUACAACAAUUAUUUUUACAUUCUAUUAUUUUCAAGGGGAGUGGAUAUGCCCCCUUUUAGGCCACGCCCCCUGUCCAUUACUGGGGCCCUGCGUGGCUCUCUACAGCCCUGCAUACGCAUAAAUAAGUGUCUAAUCCACAUUGUCAGUACUUGCAAAAUAAGGUGUAAAUCCAUGGCAAGGAAUUAGACCAAAAUAUUGUGGCACCAGAGGAAUCAGCUUACUAGCAUAUUAAAAAGUAUCAUUUUAUAUUUUAGCUCUCUACAAAUAUAAUAUAUAAUUGAAUUUACCAUUUUAUUUCAUAUAUGUAUUUUCAAAUCAAUGUUAUGUUGUUUAAACGCCAUGUUCUGAAAA